AUGUUGUUGCAGUGGGUAUUUGUAGUGUUAGCGCUGGCGUGGGGCCCUGCGGCCGCGGUGCCAAGUGAGAGCGAUUUCAGCGAUUACAAAGUUGUUAGGUUAUACCUUGAAGACAGUGGGUAUGAGGACACACACAGGCUGUUACGAGGUGUGUUCGGGGACUUACAAGACGUAGAUGUGUGGACGCAUGCUCAGAAGUUUGUUGAUGUUAGAGUAAGCAAAGGUACUGAGAUUUCAGUGGACCACGAUGUGAUAAUAGCUGAUCUUGACAGCGCAAUAAAGGACACAUACGGUUCUAACAAUGGUUCUAACGAUGAUGACGGUGAUGUUGAUGGUGCGUUUAAUGGUAGAGACCAGAAAGUGUUUGAUGCUGGUGAACUGGUGGGUACCGAGGAGUUCUUCUUUGACCAGUACCAACCUUUGGACAAGAUAUACAGCUGGAUGGAGAGACUCCAGGAGUCCUUCCCCGAUAUCAUUAAUAUAGAAGUAGUUGGUAGAACCUAUGAGGGCCGUGAACUAAGAGCGCUGCAUCUAUGUGCCAACAACAACCAGACCAACCCUGAGAAGAAGACCAUCGUGAUCACCGGUGGUGUACAUGCGCGGGAAUGGGUCAGUGUGAGCAGUGCCUGCUGGGUUGUAGCACAGCUGGUUGGCAGAUAUGCUCUAGGUGAUCAGAAGGAGAUCAAGUACUUGGAAAACCUGGAUUUCCUGGUCAUACCAGUAUUCAACCCUGACGGCUACGAGUAUACGUUCACCACGAAUAGACUGUGGAGAAAGAAUAGACAACAGACCUAUAUCCCUGUUUGCAAAGGGAUAGACAUCGACCACUCUUUUGGGUACCAGUGGGAAUCUACACAUGCGUACCCAUGCAGCGAGGAGUACAGCGGUGAGGAGCCAUUUGAAGCCAUCGAGGCCAAAUCCUGGAACGACUUCCUAAGCACUGUGAAGGGUGAAUACAAAGUCUAUGGGUACCUAGACCUACACUCAUACUCGCAGGAGAUACUGUAUCCGUAUGCGUUUUCAUGUGAUGCUCUACCAAGGGACCUGGAGAACUUGCUUGAGCUAGCGUACGGUAUUAACAAAGCCAUACGGUACCAGUCUGGGAGAAACUACGACGUGGUUGCAGCCUGCAAGGACCGUGGCGCGGACUUGACUCCAGAGCUCGGCGCCGGGAGCGCACUGGACUUCAUGUACCAUCAGCGGGCACACUGGGCGUUCCAAUUCAAGCUCAGAGACACCGGAAACCACGGAUUCUUGCUGCCUCCGCGCUACAUCAGACCUGUCGGCAAAGAGAUAUACGCAGGCCUAAACUACUUCUGCGAUUUCUUACUCGACCCAGAGAUAUAG